GAACUCCAGCAGCUCCGCUCCGUAUAUUUCUACUGACUCUCCGUCUUAGGGAUUCAUUCAUCUCAGUCAUAGCUGCUGCUCGGUCUGUCCGAACGGGAUCUGUCCAUCCAGCUGUAUAUCUCUCUCCUUCCAUCCAGCGCUGCGCUGCGUCCGCAUCUGCAUCUGGGAAGGUCAGACACAUCAUUUUUAAUCAGCGGACCUGACAACUUAAAAAAAACCCCACCUCUCUUCCUAAUCAGCGUUUCAUCACCGGGACAUUAUUACUGCAUUGGGCUGUCGCUGGUGAGUCUUCCUGCCGGUGUUUUCAUGUGAGGUGCGUCCCCCCCGGAGACAGCACUGCAACACUGAGACGCUGCUUCCUGCUGUGUGGACGCGAGGAUGGAUGGCUGACCUCGGAGAUCACUGAUUGGUUCGCUGAUCUUCGCUGCUGCCAUGGCCAAAAGCCCGGAGGUGAAGCUGGCCGUCUUCGGCAGAGCUGGGGUGGGCAAGUCAGCCUUGGUGGUGAGAUUCCUGACUAGACGCUUCAUCUGGGAGUACGACCCGACACUUGAAUCAACAUAUCGUCAUCAAGCCAACAUUGACGAUGAGGUUGUCACCAUGGAGAUUCUGGACACUGCAGGGCAGGAGGACAUCCAGCAGAAGGAGGGCCACAUGCGUUGGGGGGACGGAUUUGUCAUAGUGUAUGACAUCACAGACCGGGGAAGCUUUGAGGAGAUAGCGCCACUCCGAAGUCUCCUAGAGGAGGUGAAGAAGCCGAAAAAUGUCCCUCUGGUCCUUGUGGGCAACAAGUCCGAUCUGGAUCACGUCCGGCAGGUGGGCACAGAGGAAGGCGAGCGGCUGGCUGCUGAAAUGGCGUGUGCCUUCUACGAAUGUUCAGCAUGUGCCAAUGAGGGUGGCGCCGUGGCCGAGGCUUUCCAUGAGCUGUGCCGUGAGGUGAGGCGCCGCAAGGCUGUGCAGGGCAAGGCCAGACGCCGCAGCUCCACCACACACGUCAAACAGGCCAUCAACAAGAUGCUGACCAAGAUCAGCAGCUAGGGAAGAGCCAGACUACUGUCCUUAGACACAAGAAAUGUACAUUUUCUCAUGUAAAUGUUUCAAGCAAUUAUUGGCUCAGAAAUGGACUGAUUUAUGUGGAAUAUGUUAUGAAUACUUAUUCUCUGAUCAUUUUCCAUCAACAAUGCUCCCAAGUGCAAUACCUUGUCCUUCUGGAAGAGGUAAACGAUGAUGUCAUGCUCAUUUGGAUCAAAAUAAUUCUGGAUACUGGUGAUAUGAGAUGUUUCAUGAUGAAUCACUGAUAUGGUGAGGUUCUCAACUUUUUUCUUUCUAACUCUCUUUAAAUCAAUAAAUAAGCCAGAUGGUAGUCUGAAAAUGAUGCAUGCAAGCUGUCCUAUUUAGCAUGCAAAGAAUCCAAGCAUUUAUUGACGUCAAACGGGAAGAUUCGUAGUUUCCUCCCUGUAUCUUGUCUGUAGGGGGAUAUUGUGAUGUGCUUCGGCCCUCGUGUGUAACUGUUCUGUCAGCGGUGGUCAAAGAAAAAUAAGAUCAGAGAACUAUUAGAUAAAAGUAGAUCCACUGAUCAUCCCCCAUGUGAACCGUAGAAAAAUACCCAGAGUUGUCAAUACCUGUCCUUCAAACAAACCUAAAAUCCACAAUGUUCUGUUGACAUUAAAUGUUCUGCAGUGGUUCCCUGUGUUUGUCCACAACAUGUGUACACGAGAUCUUCUCCUGAAGGAACCAAAGCACAGGUUCAAGGCUCAUGAGAGAACAUUUUUGCUGUUUUCUCUAAACCUACAAAAGGAAACAGUCGCCAUCCAUCCCAACAUGUCACAUUCCAGGGAUGUUCUUCAUGGCUGUAAUUUUAAUACUGUAAACUACAGUACGUAUGACAUGGUACACUGCCUUAAGCACUGCUGUGUCUUAGGUGUGUACAGAACCCAAAGGCAUCUACAUACUGUAAGUGUUGAAAUGUAAUAUGUUUUUUUUCUUUACGUAUGUGACCUUGUAUCAUCAAAACAACCAGCUGAGCACUUGUAAUUAAAAACUGAGAUAUAUCCCA